AUGACGGGUUCCACUUUUACCUAUUACAGUUUCGCUUACAUAGCCACACAGACAUGUGUUACUCUUUCUUUUGGAUUUCAACAAGAUCCAAGCUAUUGGACUAUGGAUGACGUUUCAGUUGACGAUGAUGACUCAAAUAUUUUAAUUAAUGGGGACUUUGAAGCUGGAUCUGCCUACACAGGUUGGUCAGGAACCAAUCGUUUAUCAACGACCAACUGUCGUUCUGGAUCGUAUUGCUAUCGUAGUGGAACUAUUGGGUCGAUUGAUUAUGCAAGCCAAUCACUCAGGCUAAAUAUCGGUCAGCUGUACAACAUAUCAUUCUACUUGUCAACUGGUACCGGAUCGUCAGGCAUAUAUGCUGACAUAACCAUCAGCCCAUGA